AUUACUCGUGAAAGAAUAACUUCUGACCAUUUUUUUUCACUACAAUAACAAUGGCGCAGUCUCGGAGGCUCUCCUCCCUCCAGUUCGCCGCUAAUCCAAUGGCUGCAUGCGCCAGAGAGGCCAGGGGUGGGAACAGGAUCGACACAUGGGCCGGGGGCAUUGCGCGAAAACCGCUAAGCAUUUCUCACGCAGAGAAGCAGUUAGCCUAGAUUGUGAUGGUCAUGCGUAGUAACUUUGCGCACCCGGUGGCCCUUGAAUUUCCCAAAUAUAAUUAAAGUCUAUGAACGAGAGCUUGUUGACGUCGUCACCCGGUUACCUUGACAGCGCAAGGAUCGUGGUCGGGUGUUGGUGCGUGCGUGGAAACGGAGGGUCCAGAGUCAAGGGCACGGCCCAGGGGUCCCCGGUACGGGCGAAUAAUGGUGGUUGCCUAAGCAAUGGAUGGAGAUUUGGAAGCCAGGGCAGAUGUUGAGGAGGCAGGUAAAGUCACAGGGGAGGAGGAGGAGGGUCAAAUGGAAACCACACCCAAAACUGAACAGAGUCCAUCUGCAGAAGAGCAGGUGACAGCACCAGACGGCAUACCCAAAGCCUCGGAAGACAAUGAUGACGAUGUAGUAUUAGUUGAAGAGCCUCCUGCUCACUCUCAAGGGAGAGUACAGACCGCCAGCCCCUCCGAAUCUCACACACCUGCAGAAACCCUCACUGCUGCCAAAGACUGUAAAGAGCCGGCUACAACGGCAACUGCUGCCUCUAAGCCUCCCAGUCCUCCCUCCUCUGCAGCUGCCACCUCAGCCGUAACUACGACAUCCAAAAGCCAGAGUGAGCCAAUCGUCAUAGAUGAUGAGGAGGAUUCAGGUGCCGUCUCUUCCUCCUUGCUGCCCCCUGAGGCCGAGGGUGCAUUGAGCAGCACAGAACCUGACUCUGAAAUCAAGAUCGCUAGCGUUACCACAUUGGGAGCAGACUCUUCAGCAGUUGCCAUGGCAACGUCAACAGGAACGCCACUGUACGCUCAGGAGGAUAUAAACCUCAUGAUUACAAAUGUCACGUCGCUAAAGGGCGAUGGUGGGGUGCCAGCUUCUGGGUUGGAGAAUUCAGAGGGAGCUGAGAAUGGAUUGCUGAUCAGUAGUGCAUUCAGCCUGAAUCCAGAGGCCCAGCAGAACCAGGGUGCAGCCAGCAGACCUUCACCAACGUUCAACCCAGGACGCGUUAAUGCUGCCAGCCAGCCUGUGCAGAAUGGAGAAACAGGGACUCACCAGAGAUCUGAUUCAUGGAUCUCCCAGUCGGCCUCUUUUCCACGUAACCAGAAGCAGCCUGGAGUGGACUCUCCAUCUCCUGCAGCACCUCUCCCCAAACCGCCCUGCCAGUCCUCCUCAGGAUCCCAGCAGCCCCAACGCACUAUGAAAGUCACAUGCGCCAACUGUAAGAAACCUUUGAAGAAAGGCCAGACUGCUUACCAGCGCAAGGGCUCGUCCCACCUGUUUUGCUCAACUUCCUGCCUAUCUGCCUUCUCCCACAAGCCCACUCCCAAGAAGAGCUGCACCAUGUGCAAGAAAGACAUUACAAAUAUGAAAGGAGGCACCAUUGUGGCCCAGGUAGACUCCAGUGAAUCAUUUCAUGAGUUCUGUAGCACUGGCUGCCUGGCAGCUUAUGAAAACAAACAGAAUCCUCAGAAGAACCAACUCAAAACUAAGUGCACUGUCUGUGGAAAGCUCACUGAGAUUCGUCAUGAAGUGAGCUUUAAGAACGUAACCCACAAGAUCUGCAGUGAUGCGUGCUUUAACCGUUACCGUAUGGCUAAUGGGCUUGUCAUGAACUGCUGCGAACAGUGUGGGAACUACCUGCCCAGUCGUGCCACAGCAAACCACUUUUUACUCAUCGAUGGUCAGCAAAAACGCUUUUGCUGUCAAAACUGCAUCAGGGAUUAUAAACAGACUCAUGGGAAGUUGGUGCAGUGUGUUGGUUGUAAGGUGAUGUGCAGAUCUUUUGAUGCCACUCAGUGUAUUGGGUCAAAUGGAGCCAUGGAAACUUACUGCUCUACAGCUUGUAUGACCAAGAGCAAAUUUGCAACUGCUGCACAGAAUGCUGAGCCCGUAUGUCACUUCUGUAAGAGAAAUGCAUUACCUCAAUAUCAGGCAACUCUACCUGAAGGGAAGGUUUUGAGCUUCUGCAGUUCACAAUGUGUCACUAAGUUCCAGAAUGCUACGAUCCAAACAUCAGCCAACGGGCAGCCUCCUGCUUCAGCUUCUGAAAGUAUUCAGCUGAAAUGUAACUACUGCCGUGGUUCCUUCAGCCUGAAGCCAGAGAUUCUGGAGUGGGAGGAUAGAGUAUAUCAGUUCUGCAGUAAGGCCUGUUGUGAGGACUACAAGAAGCUCCAUUGCAUAGUGACGUUCUGUGAGUUCUGUCAGGAGGAGAAGACUCUUCAUGAGACUGUGAAGUUCUCUGGGGUGAAGAGACCCUUCUGUAGUGAAGGUUGCAAGUUACUGUUCAAGCAGGAUUUCGCCAGACGUCUGGGGCUGAAGUGUGUCACUUGCAACCAUUGCACCCAGAUGUGUAAGAAAUCUGUAACCAAACAGAUAGACGGAGUCAGCAGGGACUUCUGCAGCGAAACAUGUUCUAAGAAGUUUCAUGACUGGUACUACAAGGCGGCACGCUGUGACUGCUGUAAGGUGCAGGGGAACCUGACAGAGUCUGUGCAGUGGCGUGCAGAGAUGAAGCACUUCUGCGAUCAGCAGUGUCUCCUUCGCUUCUACUGCCAACAGAAUGAACCCAACAUGGCCACACAGCGAGGCCCUGAAAACACAGCUUUCGGGCUUGGAGGACCAACCCAAGCAUCUAAGAUGGGGCCUGUAUCACAUACUGGUGGAGGGAUUCUAAAAGAUGUGAAAAAUAAAGCUGUGCUCUGUAAGCCCCUCACCAUGACAAAGGCCACGUACUGUAAACCCCACAUGCAGAGCAAACCACUGCAAACAGAUGAGGCUGACCUGGAACGCACUGGAAAGGAGUAUGUUCCUGUUCCAAUCCCUGUUCCCGUUUACGUCCCAGUACCCAUGAACCUCUAUGCUCAGGUCACGCCCACACCUAUUGCAAUACCUGUACCGGUGCCUGUGCCAGUGUUUCUGCCCACCACACUGCAGAACGCUGAGCAGAUUGUGAAGGCUAUCAAUGAGCUCAAGACCGAAGUCCCCUCUGACCCUCUGGAAGCUGAUCUGGCAGCCAUAGCUGAAGUGAUUGCAAGAGACGAGGAUGAGAAACCAGACUGCGACAUAAAGUGUGAAAAAAGCUGUAAGGAAGUGAAGAUGGAAAGCAUAAAACUUGAAAAUGGCAGUGACAGCUCAGAAGAGGAGGAGGAAGACAAGUAUGAGCCAGAUUUGGACCUGGAGAAGGACUUUCCACUAGCAUCUGAGCCCAUCCUGGUCGAGUGCCUCGAUGCAGACAUGCUCUUCUCAUUGCCUCCAGUCCUGACUGAGGAGAAAGAGAAGAUGCCUCAAAUCAGAACCAGGAGGAGGGGUCAGAAGAGGCGGGCAGUAGAGGAAGAGUCUUCCUCCUCUUUAUCCUCAUUACCAGCAGUAGAGUCUCUAACAGCAGACAGCUCCUUCCCCUUGAGCUCCAGGUAUGGCUUAAAUGCAUGGAGGAGAUGGGCCACGUCUGCAGCCUCACAGUCCAGCGAGUCCAAAGGAAAGGAAAGCCAGAAACAAGUUUGUUUAAAAGGCAGUCUCCUGUUGCUGAGCCCAGAAGAGCUGAAUCAGUCUUUAUCUUGCUUUGUGAAAGAGGUGCAUCGACCCAACGGGGAGUGCUAUGCUCCAGACAGCAUCCUCUACCUCUGCCUCAGCAUCCAGAAGCAUUUGCAGGACAAGGGGAGGACAGAUGACCUCUUCGGUGACCCACAAUAUGACCUGUUCAGAGAAGAACUGAACAAGCUCCUUAAAGACUGGCAACCCACUGUUCUUCCUGAUGGUUCUCGUUGGGGGCGUGUUGAGGAGCAGUGUCUGUGGAGCAGUGGGCAGCUGGGGGAGCAGACGCCCUCCGUCCUGCUGAGAUCUCUCCUCUAUCUCAACACCAAAUACUUUGGCCUCCGCACCACCGAACAGCACUUACGCCUCUCGUUUGGAAAUGUCUAUGGCCUCAACAGUUCCAAACCACACAGCCAUGAUACCACCGUCUGCAUACGCAUACCCUCCAUCUCACAUGAGCAGCAUGAGCAAUCAGGAAGUAAGAGGAGGCGUAAAGACAACUGUGACUCAAAUUUUGAGGCGGAUGGUGGUUCAGAAGGACCUGUUCACUGUCCUGUUAAGAAACAUGAGUGCCGACUGUAUGAGCUUUACCUUUCAAAGUGCCCAGAGUCUGUGAGGCAGAGGACAGACUUUUUUUACAUGACGCCAGAGGUCUCUGCUUCCUCAGACAGUCCACUAUGGUUCAGCUCAACUCCUCUAGAGAAAAGUGCACUGGCUAGGCUCCUGAUUCGAGUGCUGCUGAUCAGAGAUAUAUAUAAAGAGAACCAGUUUGAGGAGGAGGGCGUUUAAAGGCCGAUGCACUUAGAACUUCUUACUGUGCUAUCAUUUUACCCAGUGCAUCACAAGCCAGCUGCUUUCCAAGUCACACCCUGCCACUCUCCCUUUAAACACAUCCCAGUACAGUUAUGAGCUAUGAGAUGAUGUCAAGCUGAACAUUGGUGGGAUUAUGCUGAUUCGGUUCAGUCUUCCCAGAGGACCCUGAAUGGAGUGGAUGGUCUCCAGAAACGCGACCUGCGGAAUGCUGCUUUCUUCUCUUUUUGGGGGGGGGGGCUGUUUGAUUUUGUUCAUUUAAAUUUAUUGGAAACUUUUGUUCAUGUAGCAUUACUUGUGUGGCCACUGUGGUCUGUAAAUAUUAGUAGUCUGUUAGCAGACAGGUGCAAAGACACAGGACUAGUGUUCCUAUAAGUAAAGUCAUGGGAAUUCAGGACAAUUAUUUACUUCAUCCCAAAAUUGGACCCAACAAAGCCUUCUAAAGAUGAAAUUUAUUUAUUACCGUUGGUUGGUGUCUGUUAAAGAGAGUCUGAGAUUUUCUAACAGCAGAGCAAGGGGUGUGUUGGACGCUGUGCAAUGUUCCAAUUUCUCUUGCCUUCCAUAAGAGCAUUAAAACCUACUGCAGCCCUCGACCUCUUCUUUGUGUGUGUGGUGUGUGAUUGUGAGUGUUUGUGUAUGUGUGGGUGUUUUUUUCUCUCCCUUUUCUUGUUGAUUUAGAGUGGAUUGGAUAGGAAUUGGUCCUUCGCAGCCAAUACGUAUCUGGUAUUGAAACUUUAAGUGUGAAACUAUUCCUCUCAACAAUCAAGUAUAUAAAAUUUUACUUUGAAUUUUAUCCUCAGUGUUGUACUGAGUACACGAUUAAGCAGAGACAUAUUGUCAAUGUCUUAACUUCAUAGGAUUUGCUCUGUACCCUUCCUGGAGUAGAGAGAAUUUUGAAGGAUGUGUGCAUGCACAAAGGCGAUUCCGUCUUUUGAUAAUUAAACAUUACGUUUAAAACA